AACCCCUGCACACUGAGUAGAGACCGAUGCUGGAAUCAGCUGUUGACUUAUUGUCAACAGAACAGUUCAACUAUCGGUGUCCAAAACUUAUCUUAGGAUGCGGUUUGAGGUGAAUACAUUCCGUGAGAAAUUCUCUUCUUUAGGCUGGAAAUCAGUCGAAGUAGGCUCAGUCCACCAGUUCCAGGGCAAAGAGAAAUUGGUUGUGAUAAUCUCUACAGUGAGAUCAUCCAGUAAAAGUAAUCCUUCAAUGAAGAACUCGCUGGGAUUCCUUACAAAUCCUAAGGUAUAUAAUGUUUGUUACCCAAUAGUCAACAUUUUUAGGAACUCUAAUAUCUCAAGUGUGCACCAAUUAAAUCAUGUACUUUAUUUACUUACAUUUUUGGUCCCUGAUUGA